CAAUGAGGAGUAUGCUUCUUAGGUGAGGGAAUUUGCCUGACCUAGGUCUGUUUUCUUAACCCCCAACAUUAGGCAUGUUUGUCUUCUCAGGAAGUGUGUCCUAAAUCCCCGGCCUAGAAAUCAAAGUCGCCUUCACUGACAGCAGGAGCGGGGGGACACCGGGACACUCCGUGACUGGAAAUGGAGUCAGUGAACUUUGAGGAUGUGGCUGUGAGGUUCACCAAGGAGGAGUGGGCUCUGCUGGAUCCAUCCCAGAAGAAGCUGUACAAAGAUGUGAUGCAGGAAACCUUGAGGAACCUGGCUGCUAUAGGAAACAAGUUGGAAAACCAGAAGUUUGUAAAUGAGUAUGAAAAUCUCUGCAGAAAAUUAAGCAGCCAACUGGUAGAGAUAUUCUGUGAAUAUAAAAAAAGUCUUCAGUGUACAGAAUUCUUCAGCUGUAUUCCAGAGCCUUCUGUGAACCUGAAAUCUUAUCCAGGACUUUCCACAUGUGAGAAGCAUGUGUGUGGAGAAGGGAGCAUUGGCCAGUCAUCUCUAGGUGCAUCCCUAAAUCAUCAGGUAGGACACAAACCUCAUGAAGACCAGGAAUAUGGACAGAAGUUGUAUAAACAUAAGGAGUUUGGGGGCAGCUCCCGUUCUCCUCUGUCCCUUCGGACACAUAAAAGUGCUCACACUGGAGAGGAACCUUCUAAAAAUAAGGACUACAAAGAAGACCUUCCUUGUCUCCAAUCUGGCCAAAAGAAUGAAGAACAUGACCAUGGAAAAAAAUCCUUCGUUUGCAAGCAAUGUGGGAAAGGCUUCACUCACCCCAGUCCUUUACAAAGGCAUGAAAAGAGUCACAGUGUUAAGAAGCCCUAUGUGUGUGAACUAUGUGGGAAAGGCUUUGCUCGGUUUGGUAACCUUUUAAGACAUCAGACAACUGACACUGGCGAGAAUCCUUUUCUGCCUAAUCAUAAUGGGAGAACUUUGCCUCAUUCUGCUUGUCUUCGAAGACGUAUGGGAAUUCACAGUGUUAAGAAGCCCUAUGUGUGUGAGCAGUGUGGGAAAACUUUCCUCGAUUCUACUUACUUUCGAAUACAUAGAAGGAUUCACACUGGUGUGAAACCAUAUGUGUGUAAGCAAUGUGGGAAAGCCUUCACUGCUUCUCGUUACCUUAAAUCACAUGAACUAACUCACACUCGGGAAAAAUCUUAUGUAUGUAAGCAGUGUGGGAAUUCCUUCACAUUUUGGUACCAAUUUCAAAAGCAUAAAGUAAUUCACAGUGGUGUGAAUCCCUAUGUUUGUAAACAAUGUGGGAAAGGCUUUACUUAUUCCAGUUCCCUAAAAACACAUGAAAGAAUUCACACUGGUCAGAAGCCCUAUGUGUGUAAGCACUGUGGGAAAACUUUUGGUAGUUCUGGUAACCUUAAAAGACAUGGAAGUACUCACACUGGAGAGAGACUCUAUGUGUGCAAGCAAUGUGGGAAAUCUUUCAAUAAUCACAGUUCCUUUCAAUUCCAUAAAAGAAUGCAUGCUGGAGCAAACCCCUACAAGUGUAAGCAGUGUGGAAAGGAUUUAGCUUCUUCUUCCUCCCUUCAGAGCCAUGAAAGGAAUCAUUCUGGAGAGAAGCCCUAUGUGUGUUUGCAAUGUGGGAAAGCUUUCAGUUCUGACAGUUCUCUUCGAAAACAUAAAAUAAUGCAUAGUGAAGAAAAACCCUAUGUAUGCAAGCAAUGUGGGAAAGCUUUUCGUCGCUUUUUUGAGGUUCGAGUACAUGAACGAAUCCAUAGCAGCGAGAGACCCUAUCAAUGUAAGACAUGUGGGAGAGGCUUUUCGAGUUCAACUCAUUUGCGAAGACAUGCACUAAUUCAUAGUAAAACAAAUAAGGAUGUUUGUAAAUAACGUGAGAAAGUCUUGUCUUAGUUAGCUCUCACAGAAAUCAAACAACAUGGGAAAAUGUCAAACAAGUUUCUAGAGAAGCAGUUCUUUUGAAUCAAUGUGGCUUUUAAUACUAGAAAAGUUCCCUUCAACGACAUGGAAGUAGACACACGGAGAAUAGCGCUUUGGAGAAAAUCUGCAGGGAAUGUGAUAAAGUCUUCUGCAUUCUUUUCAUUGUGGAGAAGAUGCUAAAUAGCUCACACUGGAGAGAAACCUUAUGCACACAAUGUAGAAAACAUAAAAAGCCUUUGGUUUUUAGGGGCCCACAAAAGACAUUGUGGUAGUCAUUUUGGAGAGAAACCCUUCAUGUAUAAUGUAGUGGUUUGAAUAAGAAUGCUCCAAACAUGUUUAUAUAUUUGAAUGGUCAAUUACCAGGGAGUGGAACUGUUGAAAGAAUUACAAGAUAUGGCCUUGUUGGAGUAGAUGUGAACUUUUUAGAGGCAGUGUGAAACUGGGAGUCAGCUUUGAGGUUUCAAAAGCCUGUGCCAGAUCCAGUCACUCUUUCUCUGUCUGUGCCUAUGGUUCAGGAUGUAGC